GCGAUCAAAGAGUCGAGAGGAUAAUCUGUAAUCAUAACCAGAUCACAGAGAGUGAGAAGAAAUGGCGAUCACACUCAACAGUGGAUUCAAAAUGCCCAUUAUCGGAUUGGGUGUAUGGCGUAUGGAGGGUAAAGAUAUCAAAGAUCUUAUCAUCAAUGCCAUCAAAAUCGGAUAUCGCCAUUUCGAUUGUGCUGCCGAUUAUCAAAAUGAAGUGGAAGUCGGGGAGGCACUAGCCGAGGCAUUUAAGACCGGAUUAGUGAAGAGGGAGGAUCUCUUCGUUACGACAAAGCUAUGGAACUCUGACCAUGGACAUGUUGUGGAGGCUUGUAAAGCCAGCUUGAAAAAGCUGCAGCUCGACUAUUUGGAUCUCUUCCUUGUUCACUUUCCCAUUGCAACAAAGCACACUGGAAUUGGCACAACCGCUAGUGCAUUGGAUGAAGAUGGUGUUUUGGACAUCGACACUACCAUUUCCUUGGAGACUACAUGGCAUGCUAUGGAAGAAACUGUCUCCAUGGGCUUGGUUCGCAGCAUCGGGAUAAGCAACUACGACAUUUACUUGACCAGAGAUUGCUUAGCUUACUCGAAAAUUAAACCUGCUGUAAAUCAAAUUGAAACACAUCCAUACUUCCAGCGUGAGUCUCUUGUUAAGUUCUGCCAGAAACACGGAAUUGCUAUCACGGCCCACACCCCUCUUGGAGGUUCAGUGGCUAAUACAGAGUGGUUCGGUUCAGUUUCUUGCUUGGAUGAUCCAGAUCUCAAAGCCUUAGCAGAGAAAUACAAGAAGACCGUGGCUCAAGUGGUUCUCCGGUGGGGCAUACAAAGAAACACCAUCAUCAUCCCUAAAUCAUCAAAGAGCGAGCGACUUGAAGAGAAUUUCAAAGUGUUCGACUUUGAGUUGAGCAAAGAAGAUAUGGAGCUCAUCAAGAACAAGGAUCGGAAAUACCGAACCAAUAACCCUAGCAAGUUUUGGGGCAUCGAUCUUUAUGCUUGAACUUUAGCCAACCAUAUUUUCUCAACAUUCGCUUGUUUUUUUAUGGGAGACCGUAAGCGUACGGAAACCUUCCGAAGCCAACUGUAUGUGGUUUUCUAAGUCGUGUUUGUGAUCCGAAUAACAUUUUCUUCCUAGUUAACGGAUUACUAGGAUUUGAUCUUGAUGUCGUUUUCUAGUAAGUUAUCGUUUUCUAGUACUUUCGUCAAUUGAGGAAUUUUUGAU